ACAGCAGUCUUGGAAUUGUGCUGUAGCCGUCACACCGCCACCUUUACUGCUGCCUCAGGCUUCCCCGCUGAUUUAGAAACCUCCUUGAAAAGCAAAGCCAGGACCCUAAAGGACCGCAACCUGCCAGCACCGGACCUCUUGCUUCAACGAGAUUUUUAAAGGGAAGGGGCUGGGGGGUCACUUUUAACGUGUAUUAGAACGAGAAUGCUUUAAUCACGUUGGAUUGUCGCGGCGGUUGGAACUUUUAGGACGAAGGCUGGCGCGCAUCAAUCCGGCGCACAGAAAAAUAUUAAAAGUGCUCUUCCAUGCGGAUUAAAUAAGAGCUUUUUGGACAACACACACACAAAAAAAGUCAGCGCUGACUUCGUCCGAGCGGCUCAUCUUCGGGCUUUGGAUAACUGACUUCACCGCGCGAGAGACGCAGCUCGGUGCGCGCUGAGGACACCGCCGGGGAAGCAGCGAGCCGCCGCCGCCGCCGCCGCCGCCGCGCGCACCCUGCCGGCCGAGGACUGCGGGCCUCCGGAGCCUCCAUAAAUGCUCGUCCCGUCGCAGAGGCUCCAGGCUGGCCGGCGAGAUGAGCUCCACCGUGCAGCUGCUGCUCGCGUUACUGGCGACGUGCGUGCGACUUGGCGCGGCCGAGGGGGAUCCACUUCCUGCAGCCCUGGUGGAGCUGGUUAGGAACAGUCCCAUCUCCUCCAUCGAAGACCUUCAGCUGCUUCUACUCACUGAUUCCGUAGAUGAGGAAGAGCGAAAUGGAGGUCACAGGCUACCAAGGAGUCUGGUAGCUCAGCCGGCCCAGCAGGCUGUGUGUAAAGUUCGCACGGAGGUGGUGGAGGUCACCAGAGCGAUGUUAGACCGAAGCAAUGCUAACUUCCUGCUCUGGCCGCCAUGUGUGGAGGUGCAGCGCUGCUCUGGUUGCUGUAACACCAAAAGCCUGCAGUGCGUUCCCGUCGUCACGCACACCAGAUACCUGCAGGUCAUGAAGAUCGAAUACGUCAAUAAAAGACCCACGUAUGCGAAAGCGGUGGUGUCUGUGAUGGACCACGUGGAAUGCCGAUGUCAGCCCGCUCCACAGCAGCCGGCGCCGAAGAGAAAAUCCUCUCGCCGGCAUCACGGCCACAAGAACCAGCAUCGCAACCAGACACUCAAUCAAGGACGCGGACAGGUGAAAGUGCAUACCAAGGAUGAGCUCCAUCAGUGGGAUGAGCUGAAGCAGAAUCAGGGUUCCCUCCUGGUGGACCUCCUGGAGCAGCACUGGAGUCCCAGAGGAGACACGUUCAAUCAGCCCGGUGAAGGCUACAGCGUGGCUGGAGCGGCAACAUCGCUACCCGAAGAGGACGUUCUCGUUGGCUCGCACUGGACACGUAACUCCACCGGCUUCCGUGAGACUAAAACCCAAAAGGAGAAUAAAGAGACCAAAGAAAGGAUGCCAAAAGGAAACGCCACUCUGGCUUCGGUGGAUCACGUCGGCAUCAAUAAAACAUUACAAGAUGGUAAAGGGCUCAUCAGUCCCGGGGGAAUCACGAUCGAGGGACCAAAAGGCGGGGAUGAAGGUCCACAAAUACACAGUUCAUCUUGGCAGGAAGAAAAAGCUCCAAUUCCAAAGCCCGUCACUCAAAAACCUCAAGCCAAGUGGAAUCCAAUUGAGGAAACCGUCGGCAGGUUUGGGAGCAAGCCCAGACCCACCAAAGAACCCAACCCGGACCCUCGGGAAGAGACCAGGUGGAGAGGCAACAAGACUCCAGAGGAGGCGAACAUUCUCCAGAUUGCGGAGAAAAGGUUAGAGGAGGAGAGGAAAGAGCUGCUCCUGCUACACAAGAGGUUGGACCAAGAGAAGGAGAUACUCAAACAACAGCAAAAGAAACGAGAGGAGGAGCAACACCACCUGCGCGGUAGACAUCGUUAUCUGCAAACAGCAACGACGACGACGACGACGACAACUUGCCCAGAGACGACAACCCCGGCCACCAAACAGCAACCGUCAGCUCCAGCGCGGCCCAGGCCUCCAGUACAUCCGAGAAGAAGGAUGAGGAAGAAUCGAAAACGGAUCAGCAAGGCAGCUAUGAGAGCAAUGCUAAUGUAAAGCUUUACGACAAUUCCAGGGACACAAGGUGAACUUGGCAUAUGGAUUAUCCAGUGUUCAACCUACUCCUCAGCGACCGUUUGAAGAAGCCAUAACUACACCCGGAUGGGAGUGAAAGGGAAUAAGGAAACAGAACCCCCCCCGAGACUUUUCAGCAAAAAGUGGAAGUCUGCAUCCAAAGACUUGCCGAAAACGUGUGCCAAAUUUCAUUGGGUGCAGAACUGUGGGAAUCAGCGCAACGUGAAAUUGCACUUAUAUGUCGACAUUCAAUGAUGGCAUUGAAUGAGAACGUCCGUUUCCGAGAGACCGUUGAACCAAAGGCGGACUUCCAAACGCAUACCGAUGAGAUGAGCAUUGUCGAGGGGCUGCGCGACGAAGGUAAUGUUGAAUUGCCAGGAAAACAAGUGAAGACUUGCCGACCAUAUUUAAUUCCAUCUAACACAUUGCAAACACUGGAAUUAAGCGGAGAUGUGAUUAGCGUGACAACUCAAAACAAAAAGUGCGCACCUGUGGCCUUUCUGCUUCCUUCCAUUUAUUUAUUUAUCGCAACUACUACUAAGGGAUAACCUUCUUCGUCAGUAUUGAAAACAAUACAGUAUGUAACAGUGUCGUCAUGCAAGUCAGGGUUCUAAUUGAACAGUGUCUGUUACUU